AGAUGAUGAAGAGUGCAAUUCUAAUAAUUGCUGUGAUGUCAUCAUUAAUCCUAGCAUAAAAAUGCGGUAACUAUUAAUGUUAAUGAUUCAAAGACACCAUCAAUUAACAUUACAAUGUUUAUGCUACAGUUAAUGAGCUAAAAGAAUGGGAUAUGAGAAAAUUUUUCUUUACAGGAGAAAAUUUGAAGUACAAGAUAAAUGGUGAUUGUCCAUACUUUGAAACUGUUGAUCCUUUGUCAGAAGUAGGAGAUGCAGUACCUCAUGGCGAUCGUAUGAAUAUUUAAUUAAUGAAAGCUUCAAUUGGCAAUAUAUAAAAUUUGAAGGCAUAUAGAUCAUUUGAUAAUGGAGCGUGGUUGAAUGAUUUUGUUUUUUUGGAAUAAAACAAGACUGACAUAGAUGUCUUUUAUGCAUUAGGGUAUGUAGAUUUUGUUGAUAAAAAUAGAGAUCCUCAGAAAAUGGAUUAAGUUCCUAGAUUCCAUGCAUAAGUAAAUGUACGAAAUUCGACAGUGUCAUUUAUAUGCCAUGACUUAGACUUCUUGACAAAUUAUCUAAUAGUGAUAGAUUGUUAAUAACCAGAUUUGGAUGAUCCAGUUCAUUUGGGAUAUCACAAUGGAUUUAUUGUCGUUGAUUUACAAGAUUCAUAACAUUAUGAUAUUUCACCAAAUGAACACCCAUAAGGAUAUAACUAUAAUUAUACAGAAGAUAGAAAAAUAGCAUUUCAUAAUUUUAGUUUUUCAACAUCUGAAUAAGAUUAAGAAGAAGGAGGAUUAGGUGCUGAUAAAAUAUCAUUAUUACUUAGAGCAGAACCAGCAUGGGCAACAGAGCAUGCUGAUUUAGGCAAAGAUUAAUUAGAUGAUGAUUGUGAAUUAGAAGUUUAUAAAUUUAGUAAUAAGAAAUUUUCAUCAACUCCUGUUGCUUAUCUUACAAAAAUAGAAUUAGCAGCAUUAUUGGGUACUGAUCCAACAAAAUAAAAAUUUUCUAUUAUUGAUUUCUAAUUAGAACCAAAUGGCGACAUCUAUGUUCUUGAUGGAGAAAAUGGCGUUUAUGUGUUAAAAUUUACAUCUCAAGCAUUGGAGUGGAAGUUGAAGGAACAUAUAAGUUUCCCUUAUAUAACUAAAAGUUAUGGAUUUGAUUUCAAUUAUUUAGUAAAUAAUGAUGGAACAACUACUAGACAUUUAGUAAUAGUGUUCAAAGAUAAAGCAAAUUUCUAUGAAAAUGGAGUGAUGAAAUUUGGUAUAAAAUUACCAGAGAAUGCAAAUUAUGGAAGAGUAUAAGUUUAGAUGAGUUAAUAUUUCUUGGUUUUGAAAUUAGAUAAUGUUGUAUAUGUUUAUCAUUCAGAUGACGGAUAAAAAUUGUAUACAUACACAAAUGAUUUAUUUGAUGCAUUGAUAAUUAAUCCAUAUGAACCAGAUUUAUUGGGAGUCAAUCAAAAUUCUGCACACAGAUUUUUAAUAUCUAAUGGAUACUUAAGAUUAAAGAAAUAGGACAGUGUUAAUGAUGGAACUAAAACAUAUACUCUAGAUGCUAUAUCAUUAGAUGAUACAUCAUAAAAAUGUUCAGUUACUGUAAAUGUGAGAGUAUUAGCUAAGAACAAUACUUAAAUUUUUGAAUAAAGUAAUCAUCCAUUCCCUUAAAGCAUUUAUGUUCCUACUCCACCAAUUGCUAUUGAUUUGAUUGCUUCUGGUCCAAAUCUUUAAUAUUCAUCAUUAGCAACUUUAGAACAUCCAGAAUUAGGAAAUUCAAAAAUUAUUGUAACAAUAAAAUCAGCAUGGAACUUAUAAUUAAAUGGAAUCAGACUACCUGAUGCUAAAGAAGUCAUUUAUUCUGAUAUUCUUGUUACUGACUCAGCAACUUAGUUCUAUUUAUUAGUUUAAAUUCCAACCAAGAUUAUUUAUGUCUACAAAUGUACUCAUAGUCUAUUAGAUCAUGAAAACGCAGAAUGUACAGAUUUUGAUACCUUUUCUUUGGGAGUUUAGAUAGACAAAAAGAAGCAUUCCUUCUAUUGGUGGAUCUUCAUUAACUAACUUACUUAUAUGUAUUAAGAUACAGAUUACUCCAUUCAAAUUUACACUAGUACUGGAGGAUAAGUUAAAAAUGUGGGGAAAAUAGCUGUGGAUAGUACUGAUCCUCUCAAUAAAUUUUCAUCAGUCACUAUGGUUAAAAGUGAAAUCUAUUGUGUUUAAGAAGAUAGAAAAACUGUUUAAGUUUAUGCUGCUACUUUACCAUUUAGAUUACUCUAUGAAAUUAACAUUAAUAUACUUAGCGAAUACAAAAUAGAAGGAUAUUUCACACCUAAAAGAGUUUUCAGUAAUAAGAAAGCAAAAAGCUAACUUUUAUUCAUUCAAUCAUUAAACCAUUUAUAUGUAGGAUAAUUUACAAAUUCUAAUAGUUUCUCUACUUUUAUCCUCUAUCGUCAAAUCAAUAUUAUUGCUGAUUCUCAAGUUGAAGUUGCUAUUGGCUAAGAUCAUUUCUUUGUGGUUUAAUAAUAUAAUGAUACAAGUUUGAUUGAAGAAUACAACUACUAGCAUAUAUAAAGAAUCUACAAAACUAAGGACUUACCACUCUUUGAUUAUAAAUUACAAAAACCUUUGACUGUCGAUUAUUCAUCACAAACAGGUUGGUUGUUUGUAAGAGCAACUGAUGGAAAAGAAACAGUUGUCUUGAUUUAUGAGCCUGGAGUUGUUUCUCAUAUUUGCUUACAUAAAGUAUUAGAAACUAAGGCUAUGGAUUUUGAUGGUAAGACAUUUGACAUGGCAGUUGAUGGAGGCAAUUAGAUGUUUUCUUAUUUCAAUAAUAAUACAAUCCAUAGAGUUGUUAGUAUUUUAGCUGAUGCUGAAUUAUACAUCACACCAGAAUUAGAAACUUAAUAAUAUGUUAAUGAACUGUCAACAGGAGUAAGAGUCAGUAAUUAUCCAAAUAAUGAACCAUAUACACUAUUUACUAAGGUUAUAGUUCUUAAUACUUAAAGUGAUAUUAUUAUCAAAUAAUAACUAUUUACUUCAAAGAAAAAGAUUUUCAAAUUUGUUAAACAAGAAAAAGAAUAAAUUAUUGACAUGGGAACAGAUUGGUAUACUGGAUAACAAGUUGGUAUUGUUGUAAGAUGUGAUUCAUGUAAAGGUGACUUAUAAGUUAGAAACAACAUUUAUAGAGUUUUAGAUGGUGCAGAUAUGCCAUAUGAUAUAUCUGAUGGAGUGUAAUUUGGCACAGCAGGUUAAGUGUAUUAAACAAGAGAAGCAUUGAUUUUCUAGGAUGUUGCAGGUAAAUUCAAAGAAAGAAAAGAAAUAGCAGAUAGAAGUAUCAGCUGUGAGUUAGUGACUGUCUCAGCAGAUAAUAAUUUCAUAUUAUCAAGUUAUAUAACCACAAAAAAUGAAGUUGGUAUUUUUAUUAAUUAAUGUACAAAUUUGGCUAAUUGUCAAUAAUUCAAAUAAGGUUCAUAAAGUAUUGGAGGGGCUAAGAAAAUUUCAAAGGUUGUUAUGCCUGAUUCCAAAAAUAUUAUAAUUUUAAAUACUGAUCCUGAAAACUUUUCUUCCACUGAUAGUUUUAUAUUGGUUACAGCUUUUGAUUAUGAUCAAUCCAAAUUCACAAUUUCCAAUAAAUUUACAAUCAACGAUUAAUAUGUUGGCAGCAAAUUAUUAUAAGUUGGAGAUUUUGAUGUUAUCAAAUAUUAGAUCAAUAGUGUUAAUUACAAUACAAUUAUCUUUACAGAUAUAAACAAUGGCCUUUACUUUGCUCAUUUUGCAUACGAUGCCUAAGGUGUCUUUUCUAAGACUACUAAUGAAUAAUUCAAGUUAAGAUCUUUUUCAAAUGAUUAAUAUCAUAUAGCAGAUGAUGCUUUGUUCCUCUAAGUAAAAGUAUUGAGUAGUUAACUGAGUGGAUCUACACUUCAGAUCAAUCUUUUAGUAACAACAACUAAUUCAGCUCAUUAUUCCUUUGGAUUUGAUCUUGAUGCUUCAAAACCAACUUCUGGAUUACCUAUAAUAAAAGCUAAUACUGUUUUAAAUUAUGUCUUGACUCCUUAUGGAAAAUGGCAUGCAAUUGAUAAACUUGCUUAUGUUAAUGGACAUGUUGCUAUUCCCUAUAGUAAUGAAUUGAAAGUUGUUAUUGGUGUUUAUGAUAUUCCUAAUGAUAGACCAGCCGUUGUCAAAACUAUUCCAUUCAAUCACGGAAUUUGGGCUAAUUAUCAUAAAGCUUUACCAAUUGAUUUUGCUCUACUUUUAAUUAAAGAUGCCACAGCUAAAUAUGUAUUCAUUUAUUUUUAUAAUUUAGCCUACUUUAUAUACAAAUAUAAAUUAUGAUGGCUAAUCUGAUGAGUAUUUAAUUGAAAAAUAUGAAUUAAGAGCCGAUCCUUAAUUGCUUCUAACCAAUUCUACAUCUUAUUCUGACUAAGUUUAAUUCAAAAUCUAUUUACAUAAUGACUUUACUGAAGUUCAAGGAUUAGCAUAUUUAUCAACCACAGAUCCAAAUCCACCUAAUCCUCCUGAACCUGAUGAUAGUGAAAGGUACAUUAAAUUUUUUAACUAUUUAGCUCCAAUUGGUGGUGGAUUACUUUAAUUGUUAUUUUUGGUGUUGCCAUUUUAGGAGUUGGAGGAUGGUUUGCCUAUAAAAAGUUUGGUAAAAAGGGUGUUGAUCCUCUUUUAGGAUGAUGUGAUAUUUUAUUCAAUAUAUGUUUUUAUACAUAUAUAUAAAUGUG